GCCUCAUUCAAAAUACUACUCAACCAGACGGAAUCCGCCACUCUGCUUCUGUUUCUGCUUCUUCUCUCUUUCACACUCUACAUGCUGUUAUGCAACAGAAGCUUUGUCAAUGGCGGACAACGGGGUCCCGGACGACGAACUCUUUGAACUCUCUCUCUCUCGCUGCUUCCAGAACGACGUCAGAAACAGGAUUAAUGGACUGGCGCGCGACGAUUCAGGCGACGAACCUGGAACCAAAAUCAACGCUGUCAAGAUUGAUCAUGGAUUGUUGAUCGAUCCUAGCCGUUUAUGUAUCGGCGACGUAAUCAACGAAGGCUCCCACUCCGUCGUCUACGAAGGAUUGUAUGAAUCUAAGCCUGUUGCAAUAAAGAUAAUACAACCAGACAAAACAGCAACUGUGAGUCCUGAAUCCCAAGCGAAAUUUCAGAGGGAGGUUACAAUGCUAUCCAGGGUGGAACAUGAAAAUAUUGUGAAGUUUAUUGGUGCCUCUAUAGAGCCAACUAUGAUGAUAAUUACAGAGCUUUUAAGAGGUGGUACACUGCAGAGGUACUUAUGGAGCAUCCAACCAAAUUGCCCGGAUCUGAAGCUUACUAUAAGUUUUGCGUUGGAUAUUUCCCGAGUAAUGGAAUAUUUGCAUGCAAAUGGCAUUAUUCACCGUAACCUGAAGCCAAGCAAUCUACUUCUCGUGGAAGAUAUGGGGCAAAUCAAGCUGGCUGGAUUUGGACUGGCUCGAGAGGAGUCAGUGGGUGAAAUGAGCUCUGAAGCUGGUACCUAUCGAUGGAUGGCUCCUGAGUUGUUCAACAAGGAAGCACUUGAAAAGGGAGCGCAGAAACACUAUGAUCAUAAGGUGGAUGUGUACAGCUUCUCAAUGGUUCUCUUGGAGCUGCUCACUAACAAAACUCCAUUUAAGGGAAGGAGCAACGUAACGGUGGCAUAUGCUGCGGCUAAAAACCAGAGGCCUAGCUUGGAGAACCUCCCAAAGGAAUUUGUCCCUCUCUUGCAGUCCUGCUGGGCAGAAGACCCAGCACAGCGUCCAGAGUUCAUGCAAAUCACGGACAUUUUGAUCAGUAUCCUUGACAACUACUGCUCGAAAUAGGCUACACCGCAAAAGGUGUAUGAGAGUGAAAAAAGCCGAAGCAACUCAAUGGCAGGUCCUGCAGGCACCAGUCAUUCGAUGUGCAAGUCAGAGAAGAAGGGCAAUAAAGUUAGAAACUUGUUAACACGCUUGUUCCGAUGCUUUAAUACUGUUUAACCAAUUGAUGAGUUUAUAAGUCCCAUAUCAUGGCUUCUUGAGAGCUUUAGCUCAGGGACCCUGGGAUUUCUUGUAGAGCGCUAGCUUCUUCUCCCUUUUGUAAAACAAGUAGGAUCUGGCGGAUGACUUUCCUCUGAAAUAUCAUGUUACAAUGUUGUACAGGACUAAAGAUGAAGUGGAGGAAAACGAUAAAAAAAAUUUGCAAU